CUGAAGAAGUUGCCAGAGAUGUUGAUCUGCUCACAUCGCACGACCACGACUUUGUUACCUUCUAGCAGGACCUUAGCAAUUACUGCGGCCAGGCGGCCCAGGAGAUGGCCACGGCCAUCGAUCACUAUGGCCUAGAACACAAAAAAUCACAGAAGUUAACCGCCGCUGACGUACAGCAUAACCUCAAAAUUUAUAACACUAAUUGAGAUUUCAUUUAUAUUUAACACAAUUUUUGAAGCAGGAAUCUCGGAAUUUCUUGCAAUAUAGCCAAUACGAACGGUGUUGUACAGUAACUCCUUGUAAUUAAAGUUAGACACGAAGAAGCACGUGUGAUGCACGUUCGGUGCAUGUUGUAGAAUUUGUCACACGUUGAAUGUUACUAAAAUGUUAUUAUGUAAAUCACAUUUAGUUUGUCUUUAAGAUUUAUAUUCACUUUAACAAUUUUUAUGGCUUUUAGUUAAUUUUUAAUAUUUUUUCUUCUCACCUUAUUGCUAAAGCCCGUCAUUUUCACGACAACAAAACGGAAAAGGAUAACUUUUUAAAACAAUAUGGCUACCGGACGUUGAGGGACUAAAAAUGUUGCCAUACUAAAAUGAUUUUAUUUUGAAUCGACUAAGCUUCUUCUACUUAUUCUACAGGAUUCGACUAUUCAAGUCAGCUGUUAAAGAAAGAUGACAUAAACAGGUUAAGUUUUAUUUUGACAUUUUUAUUUUGGCAGAAUUCCAAGACCAAGAUUUAAAAAUUACGUGUACUCAAAGCACUGGGUAGAGGGAACUAAAAGCAGCUUUUGCUGAAGAUGUUCUUAAGACCAUCGCGAUAAUUUUGAUAAACAUGGAGAUUCCAUACAGAAAAAUCGCGAUUUAUAUUUUAACUUUCGUAGCCUAUGCGUAUACUGGCAUGGGCUCUAGUAUGUUAAGGAAUUUAAAAGAUGCAGUACUAUCGGCUGAGUCAGUUUUUGGAGAUAUGUUUAAGAAUGUUAUAACAGUGGCUGAAAAGUUCAGGUCGUUACAUGAAGUAUUUGAUGCAGCAGUAGAAGAGGAAUGCAUAUUCAGCUGCCCAGAAGGAUCUAGACCAGUGCGUAAUAGGAAUCAUAUACCUAAGUCAGAUGGUUGUGGAUCCCUUGGCUUUGAGAUUGCAUCAGAAUAUUUGCCAUUAGAAGAAAUGACUAAGUGCUGUGAUAGUCAUGAUAUUUGCUAUGACACAUGUAACAGUGGCAAAGAAACCUGUGAUUUAGAUUUUAAAAGGUGCCUUUAUAACUACUGUGACAGUUAUAAAUCUUUGAAUGUUGCAGGGGAUACUAUUACUAAAGGUUGCAAAGCUGCAGCAAAGUUGUUGUUUACCGGUACUCUAACACUUGGUUGCAAAUCAUACCUUGAUGCUCAGAAAAACGCUUGUUAUUGUCCCCAGCCUAAAAACAAUAAGUAUAAAAAAUAUCCUGGAAGUGGGGACUUAUAAUCAUUUCUGUGACUUUUAUUUCAUCCAAAGAUAUUUUUUGUGAUAUUUAUAGGGUUAUGAAAAACUAAAACUGUUUUUAUUUAUUUAUUGAGAGGGGACCCUAUAUAGUGUGAUAGUCCAAAGUCAUUGUGAAUGUUUGUCGACUCUGAGGAAUUUUUAGUCCAGCUUGUUUUUAUUAAAUAUGUUGUAAGCAUACAUUAUGUAGUUUAAGAUUACAAG